AUGCGUGCAAGUUCCAUUGAUAUCCAUCCGAAUGCAACAUGGUCAACGAAUGGAAUCACUGUUGCUGGGGGAAAUGGACUAGGCAGUGAAACCAAUCAACUCGCUAACCCAGGGGGUUUGUACGUCGAUGAUGAUCAAACGAUUUAUGUCGCUGAUUGGUGUAAUCACCGUAUUGUGGAAUGGAAAUCUGGUGCAACGAAUGGAAAAGUAGUUGCUGGUGGAAAUGGAGAAGGAAAUGGAGCUGAUCAGUUAAAGCACCCACUAGAUGUGAUUAUCGACAACAAAGAGAGCGAUAGUCUCAUCAUCAGCGAUGGAGAGAAUAACAGAGUAGUUCGAUGGCCUCGUCGAAAUGGUACUCGUGGAGAAACAAUUAUUUUCAAUAUCUCUUGCGGAGGUUUGACAAUGGACGACAAUGGUUCUCUCUAUGUCGUUGACUGUAAACAACAUGAAGUGAGACGAUAUAAAAUUGGUGACACUAAAGGAACAGUAGUUGCAGGUGGUAAUGAAGAAGGAAAUCGUCUCGAUCAACUCUCUACGCCCACCUACGUAUUUGUCGAUCGAGAUCAUUCAGUUUAUGUGUCUGAUUGUUACAAUCAUCGUGUAAUGAAAUGGGAAGAAGGUUCAAAACAAGGCAUUGUUGUAGCCGGUGGUCAAGGACAAGGAAAUAGUCUUACACAAUUAGAUUGUCCUCAAGGAGUCGUUGUCGAUCAAUUGGGUACUGUCUAUGUGACUGAUUACAGUAAUCAUAGAAUCAUGCGUUGGCCAAAAGGAGCCACACAAGGAAGUGUCAUCAUUGGUGGAAACGGUGAAGGAGCACAGUCGAAUCAACUCGAUCAACCCGUAGGUUUAUCAUUUGAUCGACAUGGUAAUCUCUAUGUCGCCGAAUAUGGAAAUCAUCGAGUACAAAAAUUUAAUAUCGAAUGA